AUGUCUCGAGAAGACGGUGUACGCGAAGCUGGGCUCUUAGAUCCUCCAAGCUUUACCACAGAAGAGCAAGACUCCUAUACAUGCACCAACGUCGACUGCCUCGCACAAUUUGAGACGGCAGUUGACCUUCACGCCCACUAUUUCACAGUCCAUGGCAAAAUCCUCGCAGAUUCUCGAGAGGGCUCAAAAGACUCUGAUGGAUCAACAACUGCAGACUCGAAUGUCGAUGAAUGGCCAAAAGCAAUGAUCCUAUCAACUGGAUUGCUGGCUGCAGGUCGGUACUACGAUAACAAUGACGACGAAGACUGA